AUGUUACAACUUUUCCAAUCUCUAGAUUUGGACAACAAAUUACAAAUUUUGUUGACCUGGUACAAUCAAUAUUUGUCACAAUAUACCAAUACAAGAGGCAAACGUAUUACUAUUGGUGUCGCCGCAGUUGGUCUUCUCCUUUGGCACAAGAUCUAUCAAAUCACUACUCCUCCCAAGAAUCUACGACACAUUCCUCACAUUAGUUUCCUCGACUUUGUCAGGUCGUUUGUAAUCAAUAAACUUUCUAUCAGCGACAACUUUCAACAACUACAUUUAUCAUUAGUACGCGAUAACAACGGGAUCUAUGCACAUUUCGAUAGAUUUGGUUGGGUGGUAUCCGUUGCUAAUCCUGAAGCUGUGAAGCAAAUACUUAUGAAGUCAGACAUGUUUCCAAAGAUUGAAAAAAAGUUUAAUGGCAGCUUUAUAACUCGAUUUUUCGGUCAUUCCAACAUUUUACAAGUAAAUGGUCAAGAAUGGAAGAAGCAUCGAAAGCUUGCGAACCCUGCUUUCCAUAGAUCAAUGCCUGUGAAAUUUUUUGGUGAAAAGUCACAAGAACUCUUUAACUAUUUGAACAAGGAAAAUCCUGGUGAUAGCUUUAUAGUGGAUGUUGGGAAUAUCAUGGAACGCGUGACAUUGGAUGUGAUCGGAAUGGCAGGUUUCGGCUUCAACUUCAACUCUGUCCUGGACAAGAAUAGUGAAUGGAAGCAAAUUUAUGAUGAUGUUUCUCUCGGUGUUCGUGACCCUCUGUAUCUUCUUUUCCCUUUUUUGGAACAAAAAUUGUUAUGGUUUUUCCCCAAACGUCAACAAGUUCACAAGACAUUGGACAAGUUUUUGGGUAUGCUCAAUGGAAUCGUGGAACAUAAACGACGAGUUCUUCGUGAAAAUGUCGACAAUGGCGUGGAAGAAGCUGAAAAGGAUCUAUUAACUCUGAUGAUUGAAAGUGAACUUCGUGGUGAAGGUGUUUUGACCAAUGAUGAACUUAUGGGUGAUUUGGCCAUUUUCUUUGCUGCUGGUCAUGAUACUACUUCAUUUGCAUUAUCAGCUGCUGUUUACUACAUGGCAAAACAUCCCGAUAUCCAAGAAAAAGCUCGUCAAGAAGUCAAUAACGUUCUUUGUCCUGAUGGUGAACCCAAAGAAGAUAUUUUGAUAACUGCCGAACAAACCAAAGAACUAGUGUAUCUGAACCAAGUUAUCAAGGAAACGUUACGCAUUGCUGGCUCUGUUGUUAGGCUUGUACAUCCUAGAGUUGUAACUGAAGACAUCGUUUUAUCCGGAGUACCGAUCCCCAAAAAUUCCCUUGUUAACGUUAGCAUAUAUGAUUUACAUCAUAAUCCUUCUGUCUGGGACAACCCUGAGGCCUUUGAUCCUGAACGUUUUGCUCCUGGUGGUGAAUCUGAUCGAAAAUCUGGCAAUGGAUUCUCAUGGACACCUUUCUCAAAUGGAUCAAGAGUUUGUAUUGGUCAAAACUUCAGUCUGAUGGAACAACGUGUAAUCUUGGCUGGUUUACUGAGACGAUAUACUUGGAAGCUCCCAAACAAUUCACCACAUACUGACAAGCUCAUCACUGGCAAUAAUAUCAUCAUGACCAUCAAGAAUCUCAAUAUUGAAUUCCACAAGCGAUUCUGA